GCUUUGCAAUUGCAAUGCAAUACACCCUCAAAAGAGGGCUUCUCUUCCUGUAAACCCUACCCAAAAAAAAAAUCCAGCUUCGAAUCCAAUGGCCGAAACUAAGAGUCCUCACGAAUCUGCAUUGCCUGUCAAACGCAAACCCGACCUCACCUCCCAAGAUCACGAUCCUCAGCGAAACCUCCCCCAUAAAUCCCCCAAACUCCAAACCCAAGAUGAAAUCAUCCAACCAAUUGAAGAAGAUCACGCUCUCCACCCUUCUGGAAACAACGAUUCCUCUGUUUCUGGUCCCGGACCCGAGAACCGGGAUCCUGGAAUCGACUCCGGAGAAGGUGAAGAGGGAGACGAUGAUGAAUAUGAAGAGGACGACGCCAAUGAGGAGGAGUGGAAUGGAAGUACCACAGUGGAUCGGAAAGGGAAAGGGAUUUUGAUAGAGGAGGAAAAUGAUAGUCAUGAUGAAGACGACGAUGAUGAUUCGAGUGACGGCGGGACUGAAUCAGAGGUUGAGAGUGAUUUAUCUGAUGAUCCAUUGGCGGAGGUUGACUUAGAUAAUAUCUUACCUUCGAGGACGCGGCGGCAAGUGGUACGUCCUGGCGUUCAUAUUGCGAAAAAAGUCGGAAAUAAGGGUGAAGCCGAUGAUAACGAUGACAGUGACUCUUAAUUUUGGUGAAGUUUAUAUUUUCAUCUUUUUUUUUUAAUUUGGAGGUUAGUGGAAUUUAGUCGUUAGUGUUGGUUAACACUACGAGUUGAUAUAUGCCUACCCUGUGUUGUAACCCAAUUUUAACUCUCCUAGAAUUUCUACGUUCGAAAUUUCGGAGCUUUUCUUUUUCCUCGUUUAUUUGAUUGUUACAGUUGUUUUUGAAAUGCCUAAAGAUGAGUUAAGAUUGAACAAGGGGAGGAAUAUGCUAAAUUGAGUCAAAAUUAUGGUCCAAGGAAUUGGGCAUUUGCUGUUAA